AUGUCUGUGUUUGAUCAGUUACGUCCAUUCGUCAGCCUUUGUCAAGCUUGCGGAAUGUUUCCUUAUACAAUUGAAGAAAACUUAACUACAAAGAAAUUUGCGAAAUUCAGCUUCUCUUUCAGGCAUGCGAUCACCUGGUGGUUCUUGAUGGUCAUCAGUUUGCAAGUGACCGUUAGCGUCGGCAUCAUAUAUUCAUCUAUGGAGCAAAUAGGCAACUUGACAAGUGACCAAAACAUGCCAAUCACGGCUACCAUUUUAUUUGCCGUCAACUGGCCUUUCUACAUAUUGCAAAUGUUCACAACUCGCUGGAUCGUGUUCCAUUAUCGUCGGCUUCGAAACGUAGUGAAUACCGUGCAAGAAGUGGAAAGGCUUUUCGGAGAAGAAUUUGUUGUGAGGCACAAGAGCUCAAUUACGAAAAUAUUUAUUAUCAGCUUCAUUUUCAUUGUUACAAUAGGUAUAGGUGUGCUGGUUGUUAUGGUGCCAGUUUACAGCUCGUUCAGUGUGGCAGAUAUGAACUGGAUGUUCGUUGCAGCUUUCCUUUCAAUUGUGGCAUUAAACAGCGUCAUGUUUGACAGUACAUUCCUUUUGAUUCACCUGUCUUAUUACAUUAUUGGCCAUUACAUGCGGCUCGUCUUGUGGGAACCCAUUGAGAACAGUGGCGAAUUUAAUCGGACUCCAAGCGAAAGGACAAGAAGAAUGCAAUGGCUGAAACAAAAUGUCCUGAUAUUCGAUUAUCUUUGUCGAGCCACUUCGGAGCUGAACGAUAUUUUCGCGUUCCCUGUUUUUUACAUUGUGACUACGAAAUUUAUCUUUGUUGUCAGUAUGGCUUAUGCCCAGAUACAAAUUAUUAUUCAUCCAAACGUUGUUUUGGGAAAUUACUGGUUGAUGUUUCCUUUCCAAUUCGUAGUGGACUGGGCCCGAAUAUUGGUAGUUCUUACUGCCGCCGAUAUACCUGCCAAACAGGUUAAUCUUCUCCAUGAAAGAGUAAUUGUCACGUCCUGUUCCGGAUUUUACCAAACAUUAGAUGAAAAUAUUUCAGUUGCAACUAUCCUAAUGCAAAUUGACGAAAAUCGCGUCCGCUUGUCGGCUUUUGGGCUGUUUAAUGUCGGUACUCAUCUUAUCCCAGCACUAAUGGGCGCGGCCGUGACUUACCUGGUUAUUCUUAUUCAGAAUUAG